AUCAUUGCUUGACAAAACAGGUUUUCUCCAGCACAUUGUACAUUGUGUUGCUGGUCUUUAGAAACGCUCAAGAGAUCUCAGUAUUUUGAUGAUCAUGAAUUUAUCUGGGUUUUGGACCAUAUUUGGGUUUGAAAAUUUUCCAGGAUGCACACCUUGUAAUGCUACAUCCAUUCUAAAUUAUGUAGCAAUUUAAAACAUAUGCUACUCUUAAGAACUUUUGUGUCAGUAUUUAAUCAGCAUUGAUAAAGCCUAGCAAUAAUGAGAACCUGAAACAAGGGAAUGCAGAUUAUGUUAGUUAAGUAAGUAAGAGAUUUUUAUUAAUACAAAAGCAGUGAUGGUCUAUAGGAACACGUCUCAUCUGUAACACUUAACUGAUAUUAUCCUUUCAUAACCAUCAGAGAUUGCCUUCCCAUCAUUCUUUUAUCAAAGAACCAUAAUCUGAGCCAAAAUGAAGUUGUGAUUUUUGCCCAGCCCUGGGACAGUGCGCAAAAAGGAAAGCAUCACAUGGAAGUCAUGUCCUCUAUCAGUGGCUUUAUGCUGAUUAUACACGGUGCCAAGCACACAGCACUGCUCUAUCUCCAGACUUCAUUUACCCCUAUUCUGAUCAUUUAUAAAAGGUCAGACGGGGCAAACUGAUAUUUGCAUUUAAACGCAGAUUUAGCAUGCUUUCUCAGUCAGAGGGGUCUACACUGGUAUUAUAGCAUUGUGUGAAAAGAUGGAGUCUAGACUCAUCAUAGCCAGCAGAGUUCAUUUCAUGAGGACCAAACAUGAUGAUGUUUUCCCAACAACAGAGUUAACCAAGCUAGAUGGCAAUUUUUAAUGUGCAGAGAAAGAUUGAAGGAAACUGCUGGUAUCCUCAGGAGAAAGUGGGAAGUUAUCAGCCCCAUAAACACUGGACAGUUAGUUGAUACUCAAGCAGCACCAUCACAAACAUGGGGUCAGAGGCGUCUGAGCUGGAUGUACAGUCCAGAGGUUUUCCAUUACAAUUACAACAGACUUAACUGGAUUAGCACGCUACCUGUGCGGAUUAGCAUGUUAGCAUUUUCAGCUUCCUAGAAGAGCUGUACUAGGUAAUUAGUGGUGGCAUGUGGAACAAAUUGAGGUGCAAAAGAUGUGCUACGAGUUAUGUCAUCUCUGCCUGCAAAUGUAAAUAUUCCCAUUGUAGCUUUGCGGAAGUGACUAUCAAACAAUCAGUUUUUGUUGAACACUAAAUGAAAGGCAUUUUCUGCUAUGAACACCCAGGAUACAGCUUUGAUUCAAUUACUUUGGUGAUGCAAUUGUUGUCUUAUGAGAUUGCUGUUAUUGUACCAUGCUCAUUGUUCUGAAUGGCUUAUAAUGACUUGCAUGUAGUUAAGUCUCUCAUGUUGUUGUGCAUCAAGACGUGUGUAGGUAACGGCAUGCUGACAGUGCUUAGGACAGCAUAUGCGUGUACCAUAUGUUUACGGGAGGGAGGCUUGGUUCGUGGUUGGUUAAUCGGCUCCCCAACACACACAAACGCACACAAGUAGUUUCAGGGAGCCAAUCAGAUUGACUCAGUGCCUAAUCCUUCCCUCGCACAUUGGGUUACCCAGCUCCACCUGACCUCCUCCACUCCUCACCUGGCAGUCACGUUUAAGGCACAGCCAUUCCAAAUCCACCACCACCACCGCCCUCUAGCUGCCAGGACACGUCUGCUCUCAUUUCCUCUCUUCUAGGCACAAUUUCCUGGAAUUUCAGCUCAGAUUAGAUUCUGGUAGGCUAAUUGGAAUUUCUCUGGGCAUUUUUUUCCUGAAAUAUCUGGAGCUGAACCACCAGAGACUGUCUUGCUUCCUCAUCUCCCACUUGCUCGCAAACCUAACAGGCAGACAGCAGCAUGUUGAGAUAGACUUAGCUCUUGUCUGGAUUUGCAUUUUAACACUUAAUACCAUAAAAGUCAGUUGAAUAGUCACCUAGAGGGAAAUGUUUUUAAUGAGCAAGUUUUAUGUUAUGCCUUUCCAUGAAUUCUGAGACAUGAAAAACUGUGGUUUACUUUACAAAUCAGAGUUUACAGAAUAUUUGUAUAUAAUUUUGAGUGGAAAAAGAAUAUUGCCACUGUCAUUAGAUAUAUGGAUUUGGUGUAUUUUCCUAGCCAUUGUUGCUCAUAGAGAAUGUGUGACUUUGUGGAUGCAUUUAAUAUCUUUAACAAAUUGCGGUUCUGUGUGGUCCGUGACCUUUGAUCCAGUAGUUUAGAAGUGUACACUUUACCCUUGGGUGACUGUGAACCCUGUCAUAAUGUCAACAGGUCCAAGUCUCUGACCCUUAUCUGGUCUGGGAGGAGAGAUGACAUUUGGUCUGGCAGGAUUAGAAAUCUUGAUCCCUUAAAGAGUUGUUUUCUCUUGGAUGUCCAAAGUAGCUUGACUGAGCAACAAGAAGUCAAAAACUGAAGCCAUGCUUUUUUCAGGAAAUCCACUGUACUUGACAUCCCUCUUACUUAUAAAAUAUUGUCACGUUACGGUUUAAGUAUUGUUCUUUUUCUUUCUGAAGUAUUUUCCAAGCUGCAUGGAAAAAUACUUUGUGUUAAAUCUGUCCUGUGUUACUGUUAUUGGCACAGUUUGAUACAUUCUCACCGCAAGUCCCAAUUCACCAGGUCAGGAAAUCUGUUGGCUGUCAUUGUUUGAGCUUGCCUUAUCAGAGCCUCACCAUCUUUUUUCCUGGAUUCUCUGAAAAGCUCUAGAACGUUUCAUGAUUGCACAACAAAUGCAUUGAAGCAACACUAUAUUGACUGUAGGCAUACACGUAUGUCUGUGUGUAGGCAUAAGUACAUACCCAUAUCCUCGCGGGACAAGAUGCAGGCAACUGAGGACAUAUGUUUUGGCCUGUGAUCAGGUAGACCAGCAGGGAGUGACACCCACACACAUUCACUUAGCUUUGCCCUCUGAUGGCCUGCUUUCUGAUUGCUCUGCUCUCCAGGGAUUAAACCUGAAGACCUGUUUUUAGACACGCACCUGACCUCGGCACAGUCUCUGCCCAGCUCAGACGGUGCCACAGUAAGAUCUACUGUUAGUCGGCAGUAAGGCAUCCAAGACCCAAGGAUACUAGCAGUUCUUCUGGUGGGACCCAGGAACCUGAAAACCCUGACCGAUGACAGGGGAUGAUAACCGGGGAUAGCUUCAAGCAUUUAUGGACAGCAAGGCAAAGCCACGGUGUUAGAGAGACGUGUAGAAGUAGCAAAGCCUCCCCGAGGCUCUCAGAGGAAGACUGCCCACACAAGGCUGUUACUUUUGAUCACUCUGGAUUUGGCACGAAUUUGACUCUAUUCAGAAAAGUGGUUUAGUCGAAAUGGAAGCUAGUGUGUGACCUCAUCAAGAAAGUAUGGGAAUAGGCAGCUCCUUUGCACCAAGAUCUGAUCAAAUCUUUACCAUAAGAGUGAGCUUGGCACCAAGACAGAACCUCCCGCGGAUCAUCCUCAAAGGAAUCUUCCAGGGGGUUAAAGUGGUUCGUGGACCUGACUGGGACUGGGGCAACCAAGAUGGCGGGGAGGGUAAGGUUGGGAAGGUAGUGGACAUUCGUGGCUGGGACACAGAGUCUGGCCGCAGCGUGGCUAGUGUCACCUGGUCCAACGGCACUACCAAUGUCUACCGAAUGGGCCACAAGGGCAAAGUAGACCUCAAAUAUGUGUCCGACGUCCAAGGAGGCUUCUACUACAAAGACCACCUACCAAAGCUCGGAGAGCAUGCAGAGCUGCAGCGCCAGGAGAGUGCUGAUGGCCACUCCUUCCAACAGGGCGAUAAGGUCAAGUGUCUCUUGGAGGUGGACAUUCUCCGACAAAUGCAGGAGGGCCACGGAGGGUGGAACCCCAAAAUGGCAGAGUACAUCUGUCGGAUCGGGACUGUCCACAGAAUCACUGACCGGGGCGAUGUCAGAGUCCAGUACAGCAACAACAUCCGCUGGACUUUUCACCCUGGGGCCCUCACCAAGGUGAACACUUUUGGAGUGGGCGAACUAGUACGAGUGCUGGAGGACAUCGAAAGUGUCAAGAGACUUCAGGCUGGCCAUGGAGAGUGGACAGACAGCAUGGCUCCUGCCCUUGGCCAGGUUGGGAAGGUGUUGAAAGUGUAUGCGGACGGUGACCUACGGGUGGCAUUUGGAGGCCAGACAUGGACGUUCAAUCCAGCAUGCCUCUCGGCCCAGCCUGUGGAGGUGGACGCCAACCUCAUGACGGCCGAGAACCCCAACGAAUCCGGAAGUACUGUCAUUUCAGUGCUAGAGAAGCUGCUGGCUCAGUCCACAGAACAGGACAACCCCAGCCGGUUGGUCAUUGAGGCAGCUCACGGCAGUGCCAGCAAAGUGCGGGAGUUGGUGCAGAAGUAUCCCGACAAGGUGGAUAUCAAGAACCAAGGCAAGACGGCACUGCAGGUUGCAGCUCACCAAGGACACAUGGAGGUAGUGAAAGCACUGCUGCAGGCCAACAGCUCCAUUGAGGUGAAGGAUGAGGAUGGAGACACGGCGCUGCACUACACUGCCUUUGGCAAUCAGGCAGAGAUCGCGCGGCUGCUGUUGAGUAAGGGGGCCAGUGUCAACCUGCUGAACAACUCCAUGUGCACGGCACUCCACAUUGCCGUUAACAAGGGCUUCACAGAUGUGGUGCGGGUGCUGUCCGAGCACUCUGCCGACGUCAACCUUCAGGACUCGUAUGGGGACACGCCGCUCCAUGACGCCAUUGCCAAAGACUUUCGCAACAUCAUUGAGAUCCUGGCUGUGGUGCCCAACAUCGACUUCACCCAGCAGAACAACCGUGGCUUCAACUUACUGCAUCAUGCCGCCCUCAAAGGGAACAAACUGGCCACAGAGAAGAUCCUGGCCAGGGCGCGGCAGCUAGUCGAUGUUAAGAAGGAGGACGGCUUCUCUGCGCUGCAUUUGGCCGCCCUCAACAACCACCGUGACGUCGCCGAGAUCCUCAUCAAGGAGGGACGCUGUGACAUCAACAUCCGCAACAACCGCAACCAGACGCCGCUGCAGCUGGCAGUGACGCAGGGCCACGGCGACCUGGUGCAGCUGCUUGUGGCCGAGGGCGCCGACGUCAACAUGGAGGACGAGGACGGUGACACGGCCAUGCACGUGGCUCUCAGCCGCCCUCAGCUAGCCAACACCAUGCUCAGCCCUGCCGUGGGAACCAGCAGCACCGAGGAAGGGGGCGAGGGAUCCUCCUCCUCUCCCUCAUCACUCUACUGCAGGCUGAGUGGCACAGGUCUCCUGGGGAAUACCGAGCUGAGCGUCGGUUCGGCCAUCGCCUGUUUUCUAGCGCAGGAAGGGGCUGACAUUAACUACGCCAACCACAAGGGCAAGAGUCCCCUGGACCUUGUGGCGGACAGCGCCGUGUUGCAGCUCAUCAAGAGCUUCUCCGAGAAGCACAGAUUGCAGCGUCUGCAGGCCAUCACGUGUGGGCAGGGUCUCAGCAGCGCCAGCCUGCGGCGGGUGCACACAACGCCGAACACCAUGACCAACCUGGUUCUUCCCACCCCGCCGGGGCCCAGCGAAUGCCUCAUCUGCUCGGAGCUGGCUUUGCUCGUUCUCUUCUGCCCCUGCCAGCACAGCGUGGCCUGUGAAGAGUGUGCCCAUCGAAUGAAGAAAUGCAUCAAAUGCCAGGUCACAAUUACCAAGAAGAUCAGACAAGACCAAACGGAGGUGGACUGCAGCCCCGGCACCGAGAACUCGGAGCAGCACAACCUGCUGGAGCAGCUGCAGUCGCGCUACCGUCAGAUGGAGGAGCGGAUCACCUGCCCCAUCUGCAUCGACAACCACAUCAAGCUGGUCUUCCAGUGCGGACACGCCUCCUGCAUCGACUGCAGCGCCGCACUCAAAACCUGCCCCAUCUGCCGGCAGACCAUCCGCGAGCGCAUCCAGCUCUUCGUGUGAGCCGCCCCUCGUCUCGGAUGACAGCUCCACCAAGAGGAUCCCGGAGGGCUCUGGAGGGAGAGAAGGCUGGGAGGGGCGGGGUGGGGGGGGGCGCCGUGUGACACUGACCCCCGACACCCUCCCGCUUAUUUUUCCCCCCACAUCACCUGACCUAUCGAUCGCUUCACUACAUGACGCCGUGCUACAGUUACACCGCAGAGAGAGUGUCGUUCCAGUGUGAGUCGUCUCCCUCCCUGGCAGCGCAGGGCGGGAAAAUCAUGUUUACGUUCCUCUUGAUGUCUCAUUUCCAGCCCGACAGGAAGAAGGUGAGGCGAAGCGGCGAGGACGGAUGGCGGAUGAGCGCACGACACCGCCGCCUUGCUAAACUCUAAAUGGCGAGCCAGGGGAAAGUAUUUGGAAACAGAAGCUUAAUAAUGGGGGGGGGGGGCUGCCCCCGCUCCACGCCCCGCCCCUUCUUACAAUCCUCCCUCUCUUUGCUGCUUUAAGUGGAUGUCUGUUACCCCCACCCCCCCACUCCCCCAUCCUUUCUGCCUGUCUUGCCUCCCCGUUUACAAGGCUGCAGAGAAAACAGUCCCACCCCCCGACCCGCUGUGAAUUAUAUUUGCUCUAUCAUUUGUAUCAAUCUCUUUGUAAUCAGUGUUAGUCUCUGGAGAGGGUGUUGGUAUAACUACAGGCUCUCUAUAUAGUCCCCCACCACUCGUCUGUAUGCAAGGGGAAAUACACACUAUAUAUGCAUGAGUAUAUGCAUAUUGUAAAGCUGAAAAAGACUGUGUUGUCAUGGGUGAUUUAUUCUUUUUUUGUUUGGUUUUUUGUUUCUUUUUGGUUACAUUUGUGGUUUUUAAUGUACCGGUAAUUAGUACAGAUUUUUAUUUAUGUGUGAAAGGUGUUAUUACUUAGUAAUGUCUUUUUUUUUUCCAUUUGAUGUUUGCUUGGCAAAAAAAAAAAAAAAAAUUGUUUCUACUGAAAUUCACCCCAAGCCUAUGUCCUCUACUCAGGGUAUCAAAUCAUUUAAAAGCACUUGUGAUAUCCACAAAAGAUUGAAGAGCCCUCACACCCAGCGUUUUAGAGCUGUAACAGACCGUUUUUGGUGUGCGCUCACUGAAAAGGGAAGGUCAUCGAUAACAGAUCAAGACAACAGAAGAAACACUCGAUGCGCUUUUAGCCCGCAAAUCUAAUUGUCAUCUCUGAAAUGAAUGUUUCUUCAAAGGAGUCAUCGCGCUUUCAAAGCCGUUUCUGCAGCUGAAAAUAAAAAAAAAAAAAAAGUAAAAAUGUUCCUUGACCCGGACAGCCCUGGUCAGUCAGCGUUGUGUUGAAUUUGUGCAGAAAGUCGGACGGUGACCUGCCUCUUUUUCGCUGAAAACCUCGCACCGUCGACCUUCAAACUCAUCUGGAGGCGAAAACUGACACUGGACUCAUCAGUUUAAUGGAAGAUGCUCGCAUUCUGUUAUUUAUCCUCAAAUGUAUUGUAAGAUGUUGAAUUAGAAGGGCAAAAACUUGUCGUGUCGCAUCUGUAGCUAGCCGUCGACCAUCCUAGUCAAGUCCGUUUAGGAGACGCCCCCCUUUUCCUUGUCUGGAGUUACAGCAACCAUUCUGGAUUGUAAAUCAUCUUCAUCCUUUGUAAUGUUUCGGUGUGUUUUCUUGAAGGGCUUAUGCAUAUAAGAAAAAAAAAAUCCUAUCUAUUUUAAUCUUAAUUUAAUUUUUUUCUAUAAUAAAAACUUCCAGAGACAGAAGUUUUUUUUUUUUUUUUGUUUUUUUUUUUUCCACUGUAGAUCCCAAAUUUUGGGAGAGCCAAUGUUACAAUGUACAUUUGAAUGUCACGGGGUGGGGAGAAAAAUUUAUCCUGUCUCACUCUGCCUUUUUAUGCGCAAAGGUUGUAAAGAUGUUUAAAGAGAAGGAGACGGAGAAAAAGAGAUGUUGUUUUUACCACGAGGUUUACUUUGAGGAAACUACAUCAGUGCCAAAUCGCAUGAGGAGGUGCAUGGGAGUGCGCGCCCUAGUUCCUCUAGAUACCGUACGCUCAAGCCAGCCAGGCUGAUGUGACGUUUAAGGUCUCUGAGCGGCGUCCGCUCAACCAAGACAUCACAGCAGCACAUUCCUGGUUUGAGAUGUGGAGCUUGUACGACAAUGUGAUAAGAUUAGCUUCAUAACUUUGUCCUAUAGCUGUAGUGCCCUGAAUCUGCUCUUCUCUGGAAUGAGAGCUGACACUACACUUGGUUCCAAAUACAGAUAUAUAUAUCUAUCUAUAUAUAUGAAACACUAUCAAAGGACAAAUUUCAGACAGAAAUUACAAGGUUUUAAAGAUUGUUGGUGUUCUGUGUUGGCGGCUUCACAGGCAAAGGCAAUAACAUUUAGAAAAAUUGGGAAUAUUUUUUUUUCUUUUUCCCUGGAAGGUUGCAAUGAGGGCCGGGGCCAGAGGGGGUGGGGGUGGGGGGGUUAUGUAUAGAAACACUAUUAAAGCAACAGAGCAGCAAAUGUUACUAUUGGUGUUUGUACAGUCCAGCUCUCGGAGUUCUGAUGUUGGCCUUACUGUCCAUUUCUCCUCUGUUGAUGUUUUUUUUUUUUUUUCAGUUGUAUUCUGUACAAAAUAUUUUGCAAUAAAUAUGGAACCAUUUUCUAAUGA